CACCACCUACGUCACGUGACAUGAACGUCGCUCCACAGUCUAUGCGUCGCUCUUGAGGCAAAUAUGUCAACUUGAGAGAUUUUUGUUAUCUGACAGGUGAUAGGAGACCCAGAGGGAAUGGAUGGAUAUUCUGUGACGAUUACAGAGGCAGUGUGUCUUGGGGCCAGCCUUGCCCUCUCAGGCAUCUGCUACUAUCUGUAUAAGAAGAGCCGGACGACACUUGAUAAACUUGAUGACGCUCCACACUUCACCAUAGAUGGAAAACUUAAAGACGUUUUGAAAGUUACUCAAGGAGCAUGUCUACAGUAUGCUGUCAUCGAAGGUGCUGUGCAACCAGUGGGCGAGCCUCUGACGAGUCACUUCCAGAAAGAAAUUGUUGGUGUGUUGCAGAAAUUCAUGUUGACAGAACACCGGCUCGUGUGGAACGGCCUGACACGUACUUGGACGGACAGUGAACGAGUUUUGCAUCAAAGAGUGAAUGCAGUGCCCUUUGUGUUAGUGGGAUCGAAUGAGAACACGGUCAAAGUCCUGUGCCCUCUGCAGGCCUCCGGAGUGCACAUGGAGAUCACCCACGAGAAGUUCCACCAGGUCAAUUACGGCCUGGGUGACAUCGUAGGACAAUACCUCAGUGGAGAGAAGCUUAAAGGGCAACUGGAGACUGAGGAAAUGCUCAAAGUGGGCACAACUCUUACAGGUGUAGGCGAAUUGAUACUGGACACAGACGGCACCCUGAAUCUUCGACCCCCUUCUAAUGAUUCACAGUACUUUUUGAGCAUUGCGGACUUUGACACCCUACGAAGAGAGCAAGAGAGCACGGCUGUUUUGUGGAAGGCGCUGGCCAUUGCCUCUGUUUUGGCAGGGGCAGGGGUCCUCCUCUGGAUCGGUCGGCGCUACUACUACCAACUAAAAGUUCGGUGGGCGCGGGAGCAGGAGAGGAGGGAAUUUGAGAGACUGCAGGCCGAAGCCCCAAGAGCGCGUACUCCAGCAACGGGCCCAGAGGCCUCUCAAGACGGGGUAGAGGAACACAUAGAGAAUGCCUGUGUGAUUUGCCUCUUUCGGCCACGUGACUGUAUUCUGUUGGACUGUGGGCAUGUGUGCUGCUGCCACAGCUGCUACCAGGCCCUUCUGCACCCCCGAUGUCCCAUAUGUCGACAGACCAUCAGCAGAGUGGUGCCUCUCUACCAUGUCUGAGGCACCCAAGUGACUAUAUGAUCUCAGUGGAACGCCACCACCAUACAAACUGUAUCAGCUUUACACAUCAAAAGGUCUAAACUGCUGCACUUACACCUUUAAAAACAGUCAAAGAACAUACUGUAUGUAUUGAGAAAACAUGAAUUACAGCUCACUGUAGAGUUUUAUUGAGGUACUUGUAUCUGUAAUUGCAUUUGGAAAAUGCAUUAAUUGGAAGAAAGGGUGUACAUUUAUUCAACAGAUAUUUAUUUUCCUAUAAGUUUGUUCUGUGCCUUAUUUUGGUAAUUUAUAUCUGCUGCUGUCUGAGAGUGAUUGUAAUAUAUGUAUCUGAAUAACAUAAAUUGGGUCAUACGGAGCUACGUUUGUGUUUCAACUACUUUCAGUUAAACAGUCGAGUCACUGGAAGUUACUUAAGUGCCGAGAUGAAGCAUAAGUGUUAAGGUGUAAUUAAUACACUACAAUCAAGUGGAAGUGUGUUAAAUGUUGGUUUGUUAAAAGAAAAUCGAAUAAAGCAUCACUCUUUGAA